AUGCCAGCCAUUAUGGAUGAUCCCGCCAGCCCGACCAUAUAUCGUAGGUCGGGGCCUGUGCCAUAUCCAGAGCCUGGAAAACCAGGCUUUCCCGCAAGCAUUAAACCGCGACAAGUGACGCUUCGUGACCGCCAAACCAUCGCCACUGUGAUACCCUUCGCAUCACAUUCUCAAGUGCCUCCUUUGUUACUGAAGUACUUGUGGGACCAGUUUGCCAAAGAGAUCCAAGGUGGCGACACAUAUCCUAUGAUUGAGCCAAUGCCGCUAGAGCAGUAUUCCAAAUACUGGUUCCAGAACUUCGCAGCUAUCAUGCUGCUUGGCACCAUCGACGGCCCUGAGCAAGUCGUCGAAGGCAAGGACUGGUCCAAGGAGUGUCUCGGUACUUUUUAUAUCAAGCCCAAUUACCCUGGUCGCAGCAGCCACGUCUGCAACGCCGGAUUCAUCGUCACCGAAGCCGCACGAAACCGUGGUAUAGGUAGGCUCUUGGGCGAGACGUACCUGGACUGGGCCCCAAAGCUUGGGUACUCUUAUUCCGUAUUCAACCUGGUCUACGAGACAAACGUUGCAUCGUGCAAGAUCUGGGACGCACUUGGCUUCAAGCGCAUCGGGCGUGUCAAGGGCUGUGGCAACCUCAAAUCUUAUCCCGACCGUCUCGUCGAUGCCAUCAUCUACGGACGGGACCUCGGAGAAGCCGCCGGAGACGGCGCUGAUGGGCCGGUGAGUGAAGAAAGAUUCGACAAGAUCAAAUUUUACCUCAAGUACGGAAAGUACCCGAACGGAUCUGACCGAGCCGAGAAAAGCAGACUCCGCAGCGCAGCGACGCAUUACAAGCUGCUUGAAAACGACGUCCUUAUGCUGAAAGACAAAGAGGUGAUUAGCGAUCCGGUACGGCAGAUGGACAUUGCCAAGAAGACACAUGAGGCAGGAAGCCACGCUGGCAUCAACAAGACCACGGCAACCAUUGCAGAGCGAUAUCACUGGAGCCGCAUAAAAGAAACGGUCUCAGAUGUAAUUAGGCUAUGCUCUGAAUGCAAGGAAUUGGGCAAGCUCCCUUUGCCGAGUGCUGCGGCCCGGAAAACCACAGUGAACAAC